AUGGCCCCGCCCACCAGCUUCGUGCACGGAACAAGCUCCCAAAUAUGGCUGCCGCCAGUGUCUGUCGCCAGUGUACUGCACUGCACCCCUUCCCCAGGAGGCUCUCCGAGACCAGCAGCACCCCCAGCAGCACUGGACAGCUGGAGUCCCAGGGAGCGGCUGAAUCCAUCACCCGGGUCAAAGACGGGGCCUGGGAGCCACCGAGGGAACAUCCCUGAAGCCAAAUCACAGCCACCAUCAGAAGGCAGCUUCCAUGCCAAGGGCCUGGGCUGCAAGGCCACCAUCACCAGGGUGCCGGGGCAGUGCCUGGCUCUGGGCAGAAAACAGGAGUGUGCUGACCACGUGGGCUAUGCCAAGGUGAAGAUCACCCUCAUCAACGAGAAUGACAACCGGCCCAUCUUCAGCCAGCCACUGUACAACGUCAGCUUAUACGAGAAUGUCACCGUGGGGACCUCUGUGCUGACAGUCCUGGCAACAGACAAUGACGUGGGCACCUUCGGGGAAGUCAACUACUUCUUCAGCGAUGACCCUGAUCGGUUCUCUCUGGACAAGGACACGGGACUCAUCAUGCUGAUUGCCAGACUAGACUAUGAGCUCAUCCAGCGCUUCACCUUGACAGUCAUCGCCCGGGACGGGGGUGGUGAGGAAACCACAGGCCGGGUCAGGAUCAACGUGUUGGACGUCAACGACAACGUGCCCACCUUCCAGAAGGACACCUAUGUGGGUGCCCUGAGAGAGAAUGAGCCUUCCGUCACACAGCUGGUGCGGCUCCGGGCAACGGAUGAAGACUCUCCUCCCAACAACAAGAUCACCUACAGCAUAGUCAAUGCCUCCGCCUUUGGCAGCUACUUUGACAUCAGCAUGUAUGAGGGCUAUGGAGUGAUCAGUGUGAGCCGCCCCCUGGAUUAUGAACAGAUACCCAAUGGUCUGAUUUAUCUGACGGUCAUGGCCAAGGAUGCUGGCAACCCGCCUCUGAACAGCACUGUCCCUGUCACCAUCGAGGUGUUUGAUGAGAACGACAACCCUCCCACCUUCAGCAAGCCUGCCUACUUCGUAUCCGUGGUGGAGAACAUCAUGGCAGGAGCCACGGUGCUCUUCCUGAACGCCACGGACCUGGACCGCUCCCGGGAGUACGGUCAGGAGUCCAUCAUCUACUCCUUGGAGGGCUCCUCCCGGUUUCGGAUCAACGCCCGCUCAGGUGAAAUUACCACCACCUCCCUGCUGGACCGUGAAACCAAGUCUGAGUACAUCCUCAUUGUACGGGCAGUGGACGGGGGCGUGGGCCACAACCAGAAAACCGGCAUCGCCACUGUGAACAUCACCCUCCUGGACAUCAACGACAACCACCCCAGCUGGAAGGACGCUCCCUACUACAUCAACCUGGUGGAAAUGACCCCGCCAGACUCUGACGUGACCACGGUGGUGGCCAUUGACCCAGACCUGGGGGAGAAUGGCACUCUGGUGUACAGCAUCCAGCCACCCAACAAGUUCUACCGCCUCAACAGCAGCACAGGCAAGAUCCGCACCACCCACGUCAUGCUGGACCGGGAGAACCCCGACCCCCUCGAGGCGGAGCUGAUGCGCAGGAUCAUCGUCUCUGUCACGGACUGUGGCAUACCCCCUCUGAGAGCCACCAGCAGUGCCACGGUGUUUGUGAACCUCUUGGACCUCAAUGACAAUGACCCCACCUUUCAGAACCUGCCUUUUGUGGCCGAGGUGCUUGAAGGCACCCCUGCGGGGGUCUCUGUCUACCAGGUGGUGGCCAUCGACCUGGACGAGGGCCUGAACGGGCUGGUGUCCUACCGCAUGCAUGUGGGCAUGCCCCGCAUGGACUUCCUCAUCAACAGCAGCAGCGGCGUGGUGGUCACCACUGCCGAGCUGGACCGCGAGCGCAUCGCCGAGUACCAGCUGCGCGUGGUGGCCAGCGACGCGGGCACACCCACCAAGAGCUCCACCAGCACGCUAACCAUCCGAGCCCUGACCACCGACUCUGCCCACAGUGCUGGAUGUGAAUGAUGAGACACCCACCUUCUUCCCUGCCACGUACAACGUCUCUGUGUCCGAGGACGUGCCGCGGGAAUUCCGGGUGGUCUGGCUGAACUGCACCGACAACGACGUGGGCCUCAACGCUGAGCUCAGCUACUUCAUCACAGGUGGAAACGUGGAUGGGAAGUUCAGCGUUGGGCAGCUGCUAACACCCAUCCUCUUUCACCUCCCACAGACAAUGGCCCCGUGGGCAAGCGGCGCACAGGCACGGCUACCGUGUUUGUCACCGUCCUGGAUGUGAAUGACAACCGGCCCAUCUUUCUGCAGAGCAGCUACGAAGCCAGCGUCCCCGAGGACAUCCCUGAGGGCCACAGCAUCGUGCAGGCAGCUUUUCGUCCUUCAGGCCGGGGGUAG